ACUAGACAUAUACAAUUAUACAAUACAAUCUGUGCUUUAAUCCUUAAUUUCUGAAUGAAGAAAGAUUGAAUGAUUAUUGUAAACAGGACAACAUAAUACCUACAACAUAAUAUUUACAAAUAUUAAGUAAAUUCUAUAUAUUUUACUGUAUACGUGCAAUCGAAACUAAAAUGCUGAAAAAAGUAUUAUUAUCUACUGAUGUAUCAUUAGUUUGUAUACAACAUGCCCUCUCAACGGAAAAAGAAGAAAUAAUGGGGUUACUUAUUGGCGAGGUUAACAAUAACAACACUAUAGUUUCAAUAGUAUCAUCAGUAAUAUUAAGACGCCUGGACAAAAAACCAGAUAGAGUAGAAAUAUCAGAAGAGCAACUUGUAAGAGCUACACUUAGAGCAGAAGAAUUAGCAUCUGAAAUGGGACGACCAUUAAGAGUCGUUGGUUGGUACCAUUCUCAUCCACACAUAACAGUUUGGCCUUCACAUGUAGACCUUGCUACGCAGUCCAUGUAUCAGAGAAUGGAUUCCAGUUUUGUCGGUAUUAUAUUUGCCGUGUUUCUCUCAGAUCAGACAGCUAAAGCACCAUCAGUUCAAAUUACUUGUUUUCAAUCAGUCAAUGAGGGUUCAAGUCAAAGUAGAAGAGAAAUUGAGUUAGAAAUUACAAACAGCAAUGAUUCCCUUACACUGAACAAUUUUGAGAUUUUGACACAAUUACCAACAAUUUUAAAAGAGGAAGAAGAUGAAGCAUUUAAAAAUGAAGCAGGGGAAAGCAACACAGAUGACAUUAUUAAUAUACAACAUAAUGCAGCAGUAAGGACUAUUGCUAUAGGUCACAUAGUUGAGAAGAUAUCAAGGCCUAUGUUAGAAGCUCUUGUUGCCAGAAAUGCAAUUAACAAUAUCAGAUUAAAAGCUUUAAAAAAACAUCAUAAAGAAUUAAUGUCAAGACUUGACAGUAAUAUGUUCAAUAAUGCGUAAUAAUUUGUGUUAGUCAUUUUUUUCAAUAAUUAAAUUUUUGUUACAUCAAAUGAUGAAAUAGUACCUUACUAUUUUAUUAACAUUGUAAGUAACUAUAGACCAUAUUUGCUACAGCACCACCAAUACUUGACAAGGCAUUGAAGGCAGUACUACUCCAAGUUCCAACUGGUUGCACCUCUAAAGUUGUUUGAAUUUGUUCAGAUGGCUGUACUGAAAUUUAUUAAAUGUUUCUUUAAAAGUUAUAUAUUUUAUGAAAUUAUAAUAUAGGCUGUGCACCUAAAAGACUUUUUAUUCCCAUCAAUAAGUUAGUUUCUCUUUUAGGAAUUUUUACCUUGAGGUAUGUACUCAUCAUCACUAGAGUCAGUGACCUCAACUUCAUUUGACAAUGUUUGCAUUUUCUCAAUUGACAAGUUUGUUACUAAUGAGCUGCUAUUGUCAGAACUAUCACUUGCUUCCUCAAAAGGUAAAUCCUCUGGUUUCCAAUAAUCUGUAAAAUUUCAUAAAAGACACGAAAUUUCUAAAGAUAUUAAAAUUACUUUCGUCAUUUACAAAUAAUGCUUACCUAAACUUUGUUUUUCAUCUUUGAUAUGUUUUUGGUCUUGUUCAAUAGACAACAAUGCUAAAUUUAUAUCACUUUCAUCUGGGAUAAGUCCUUCAAGUUCAAAAUCAGAUUCUAAAAAACAAUGUAAUAGUUACUGUAGAAUAAAUUAUAAUACUACAUUAUAUAGUAUGAUAAGUAUAUUUAUAUUAUAUUAUUAUAAAAUAUCUAAUAAGAAGAGUUGGUAGUAAAUAAAUGGAUUUCAUUUUGAAGUAAAGUUAUUGUGCACCUUUUAUCUUAACAUUAAUAUAAAGUAUGUAUAAUAAUAUCCUACUAAUAAUAGAAAUGUGAAAGUUUGUAAGGAAGGAUAGAUCCUUGUUACUCUUUCACACUAAAACUAGAGGUCUGAUUCUAAUAAAACUUAGUUCAUGAAUAAAUGGAUUGGAAAUAAAACAGA